AUGGACUCGCUUCUUGCCACCUACGCCUCUUCCGACGAAGACGCCGACGAGAGCAUCCCCACACCCGCUCCCGCGACCCGCCGCAGCGAGGCCAGCGGAAAGCCCGCCGGCAGCAUCUUCUCCGCGCUCCCGCAACCCAAGUCGGCGCCUAUCUUCUCCUCACUCCCGGCGCCGAAAUCCGCCCCGACCUUCUCCUCCACCCCGCCUCCCAAAUCCUCCGCUUCCUCCGGAAACCCUAAGCGCGUCGUCCAGUUCCGCCCGCCGCCGAUCCGCCAGACCACCGGGGUCAGCUCGGACGAGGAGGAUGACGCCGAGAAGCGCCGUCCCAGCGCUAGCGAGGCGCCCCCGCCCCCGUCUGCUGGAUCGGGGCCGGUGUCUUCGUUCCUCCCGGCGCCCAGGCACUCGCUUGGCUUCGGCUCCGGCGCGGCCAGGAGGUCGGCCGUAGACACCGCCGGGCCGGAGAGGUCAAAUCUUGGUGCUGCUGGCCCCUCUAGCUCGGCUGUCAACAGAGGAGCGCCAGAAAGGUCCGAUACUGGCCCUGCGGACGAGGACGAUCCUGAGGAAAGCAGCGAUGAGGACGGCAUGCCUGCUCCGGAGCAGCAGCAAGAACAACAGGAUCUUGGUGCUGGAGCUGGAGACGUCCAACACCAGGGCUAUGAUGCUGGAGUUGGAAACGCUAAUGGGUACGAAGGCUAUGCAUGGGAUCCAAACUAUUAUGCAUAUUAUGGUUUGGAUCCGAAUAGCAAUUUGAAUUAUGGGGCUGAACCACAGUAUGCAGCAUAUGGAGUAGAGCAAGGUGGUGGGUAUGCAAAUGGAUAUGGCGGGGAGCACAGUGGUGGAUACGAGCAUUCGACAGCGCCUCCAUGUGGAGGGGAAUAUACUGGAGGUUACAGUGCUGAGGCUGUGGCAAUGGCAGCGCCACCAAUGCCGGAGCCGGCACUGCCACCAGAAUUGGGCAGGAUUGGAGUGAAGAGAGGUAGGAGGGAUAUGCCUAUGGAGAUUAUAGAGGUGAAUCAGGCAGAACUGGUCAAGAACCGUCCGAGGGAGGACAAAUCCAAGCUCACGGGGAUGGCCUUUGGUCCUAGUUACCAGGCCGCCCCUUCGGGGAAGGGAAAGCCCUCCAAGCUGCAGAAGAGAAAGCAUCAGAUCGGUUCUCUCUUCUACGACCUGAAGCAGAAGGAGAUGGAGCUUACCGAGAGGCGUGCCAAGGGCUUCCUCACGAAAGCGGAGACUCAAGCAAAAUAUGGGUGGUGA